AGGUUCGAUUUGGGUUGUACCAAGCUUUGUAUCGGCUUCACCGCAGCCGUUUUUGUCGCCUUCAAAAUGCUUCUCAAGACUGCAAAACGGUCUGCAACUGUCGCAUGGUCGCCUCUCAGCAGCCAUCGCGGGUUGAUUGCAGUCGGAACUGUUGCCAAUGCCAUCGACGAUUCGUUUGAGACCACAGCUGAUCUGGAGAUUCUUUCCAUCGACUUCUCUCCGAACUCUGCCAAGGAAAUGCCGUCAAAGGGGACAGUCAAGUCAUCCGAGCGCUUUCACCGCCUCGCAUGGGGUGGAAUGUCUGCAGGAAUGAACUCCUUCCCUCUUGGCAUUCUAGCUGGUGGAAUGGUAGAUGGAAGCAUCGGGCUCUGGAACCCGGCUGCGAUCAUCAAAGAAGUAGAGGGCGAAGCACUCGUAGCCAAAGUCCAGAAGCACAAAGGCCCAGUCCGUGGACUUGACUUCAACGUCUUCAAACCGAACCUCCUCGCAUCUGGUGCGACCGAGUCCGAGAUUCUUAUCUGGGACCUUGCAAGUCCUGCUUCUCCCAAUGUAUAUACACCCGGUGCUGCAAGUCAGCCUUUCGCCGAUAUCAGCAGCGUCGCCUGGAAUCCGAAGGUGGAGCAUAUCCUUGCGUCUACUGGGGCUAGCGGCAGCUCUGUGGUUUGGGAUCUCCGCCAAAAGCGACCUGUCAUUUCCUUCACAGACAGCUCCACAAAGACCUCGAGGUCAGCUCUUGCCUGGAAUCCAGAAGUUGCUACUCAGGUUAUGGUUGCUUCAGAUGAUGACACGACUCCAGUUGUUCAGAUGUGGGAUCUAAGGAAUGCUCAUUCUCCUGCAAAGACGUUGAUGGGACACACUCGGGGGAUCUUGGACAUCUCCUGGUGUCCGUUCGAUGCCGCCAUGCUUUUAACAUGUGCUAAGGACAAUCGAACCCUUUGCUGGAACCCAAGUACCGGUCAGAUUUUGUGCGAGCUGCCGUCUAGCACCAAUUGGAACUUUGACGUCCGAUGGUCUCCAAAGCUGCCGGCCAUCCUGACCAGUGCUUCUUUCGACGGGUAUGUGAACAUUUACUCCCUGGCUGACACGGGUAGUGGACCAUCAUCGAUUAAGCAGGUAGGCACUCUUUCUGAAAUUUGUUUGCAGGCUCCUGGCUGGCUCAAACGUCCUGUUGGAGCAUCGUUUGGCUUCGGAGGACAACUUGUCUCAUUCAACAAGAGCUCGAAUCCUGAGGCCCACAGAGCCGUCGUGCACAUCCGCAAGCCUUGCACUGAGCCAGAGUUCAUCGAGAGAGCCGAAGCCUUGGAUGUUGCAAUGACUCAGGGAAUGUUGAAAGAGUUUUGUCAGAAGAAGGUCGAGACUGCAGAUUCUCCCGAUGAGGCGAACGAGUGGCAGUUUAUGAACAUCUUGUUCGAUGAGGACACCAGACGGAGGUUGACAAAUUUUGUCGGAUACAGCCGUGAAGAUAUCAGCAGUCAGGUAAGCGCUAGGAAGCGUGUCCUUACUUUGACCUCAGGAAGCACGGAAAAGCCGCAGCCUACACAAACUGCGAGCCAAGAGAGCGAGGCAGCGGCCAACUCGAGCGAAGGAGAUGACUUCCUUGGAGGCGCUGCUCCUGUUCCAGCUCAGAAUCCUCCGGAAAGCAAACCUCAGCCCAUACCUGAGUCUAAGCCUUUGGUGGAUGAACCUGUCGGACCCAACGAAGUUCUUGAUGAAGCCAUCAAGAAGGCCAUCAUCUGCGGAGAGUUUGAAGCUGCUGUGGAUUGCUGCUUCAAGUUUGGACGCAUGGCAGACGCGCUGCUUCUUGCAGCCACGGGGGGAAAGGAAUUGUUUCAGAGAACACAAGAGAGAUACCUCCAGCUGCACGAGGCCCAGCCAUUCGUCAAGAUUACGAGAAGCAUCGUCAAUCACCAACUUCAGUCGCUUGUUGAGCAGUCGGAUCCAGCGGCCUGGAAGGAAACACUAGCUAUUCUUGUUACGUACGCCACCGCCGAUGAGUUCGCGACCUUGUGUGACAACCUGGCGACCAGACUAAAGGAGGUUGGAAAGAAUACCAAGGCUGCAAUUCUCUGCUACAUCUGUGCAGGGAAUGUCGACAAGACUGUCGACAUCUGGCUGCAGGAGGAGGCUUGGGCUGCGGGUUAUUCCUCGAUCAAGUUGCAGAAUCUCAUUGAGAAGAUUUGCGUCCUGCUCGUCCUGGAUGUCUGCAAGCAAGAGGUCGUGCCGAAUGUCGUCGGAGACAAGUACGCCGAGUAUGCUGGGAUCCUUGCAUCUCAGGGUAGGCUCUCCCUCGCGAUGCAGUACUUAGUUCGGGCCACAGCUGCAGACAGUCUGUCAGCCUCUGUCCUUCGAGAGAGAAUCUUCAACUCGGACGUGCGCAACUUUUACAGCGUACCCCAGCACCAGCAUCCUCCUUUUCCCUUCGAGGUUCAUGAUGUUGGUGUAGCUCCGGCUCGACCAGUCCAGCAGCCCCUCUCCAGCGGCUCUACUGGUGCACCCCAGCAGGCCUACAAUGCUGUGGCGGAUGCUUUCGGGGAUGCCUUUGGAGCUCCACUGAAUGUGCAGCCGCUGGCCGCUCCUCAACAACCCAUGCAAGUGCCCCAGCAGCCUGUUCAGCAGAUGGGAAUGCCUAUUCAGCCGCAAGCACAGCAGUACAACCAGCAGUUUGCGGCGCCCCAGCAGCAGAACGCGUAUGCAGCUCAGAUGCAGACCACUUACCCUGGUCAAUUGCAGCCAGCGCAGCCCGCUUAUCAGCAGAUGCAGCCUCCUCCCCAGCAGCAGAUGCAGCCUCCUCCCCAGCAGCAGAUGCAGCCUCCUCCCCAGCAGCAGAUGCAGCCUCCUCCCCAGCAGCAGAUGCAGCCUCCUCCCCAGCAGCAGAUGCAGCCUCCUCCCCAGCAGCAGAUGCAGAGCGCUCCUGCUGUCCAACAAGCAUACGCGUUAACGCAGGAAGACGAGUACGUCCUCGGGUCUUGUGCAAACAUGCAAGGCAGGUUCUGCCCGACCAUGCAGAAGAAGAUGGCCGAAGACGUAGGCAAGCGCAUGAAGAGCUUGGAUGAGAGGAUCAGAGCUGGGCAAGUGUCCAAGGACGUGAUGGGUCAGCUGGUGAGCUACUGCCAAGCGCUUGAAAGAAACGACGUCAACUCGGCCUCGUCCAUCCAAACAGCUCUGACAGCAAGCCACUGGGACGAGCACCGGCAAUGGCUGGUGAGUAGCUCUCUUCGUCUGGUCACUGAGGGUCUGACACUUUGCCGUCUGUCUCGCUCACAGCAAGCGUUGAAGUGGAUCCAGGAUCAUGCGAAGAAGUCGAUGCAGUGA